CCCGCGCCUCGCGUCGCCCAGCGGCCGUGGCGGCGCGCGCCCUUCCCGCCGCCGCUGGCGCAGCCCGCCCGGCCGCCUGACGGCGCUGCCCUCGGCGCAGGCGCAGGCGCAGGCCGGGGCGCGGUGGGGGGGGGCCGGCGCGGCACCGCGCCCUCGCUCCGCGUCCCGGGCGGUGUCUCAGUGCAGCCAUGUCUGGCGGCGCGAGGCGGCGGGGCGGGCGCGGUCGGCGGCGCCCUCUGUGAGGCGGCGGCGGACGAGCGGCGGCGGCGGGCAUUCAUGUCGGCGGCCAGGGAUUAGCGCGGCGGACAGCGAGCCGAGCGGAGGGGGCGGCCGACCCGCCGCCUCCUUCCCGCGGGGUCUCCGGCGGGAGAGAGCCGUACCCGGCUGGCGGGGGCGGGGGGACAUGGCUGACCGGAGCGCGCCGAGCUGCCACCUGCGGCUGGAGUGGGUCUACGGUUACCGGGGCCACCAGUGCCGCAACAACCUCUACUACACGGCGGCCAAGGAGAUCGUCUACUUCGUGGCGGGGGUCGGCGUGGUCUACAGCCCCCGGGAGCACCGGCAGAAAUUCUACCUGGGGCACCAGGACGACAUCAUCAGCCUUGCUUUGCAUCCUGAACGUGUGUUGGUGGCAACAGGUCAAGUUGGAAAAGAACCAUACAUCUGCGUGUGGGACUCAUACACUGUGCAAACUGUAUCUGUUUUGAAAGAUGUUCACACACAUGGUAUAGCUUGCUUGGCUUUUGAUUUAGAUGGUCAGCGUUUGGUCUCAGUUGGUUUGGAUUCAAAAAACACAGUUUGUGUAUGGGACUGGAGAAAAGGAAAAUUGUUAUCAAUGGCUCCGGGUCAUACAGACAGAAUAUUUGAUAUUUCUUGGGAUUUGUACCAGCCAAACAAGCUCGUCAGCUGUGGUGUAAAACACAUCAAGUUCUGGAGCUUGUGUGGCAAUUCAUUGACACCAAAACGUGGUGUUUUUGGCAAAACUGGUGAUCUCCAAACUAUAUUGUGCCUAGCCUGUGCCAGGGAUGAAGUGACAUAUUCUGGUGCACUGAAUGGAGAUAUAUAUGUGUGGAAAGGAAUCAACCUUGUACGGACAGUACAGGGAGCACAUGCUGCAGGAAUUUUCAGUAUGAACGCAUGCGAAGAGGGAUUUGCCACUGGUGGCAGGGAUGGCUGUGUUCGCUUGUGGGACUUAAAUUUUAAACCAAUUACUGUGAUAGAUCUCAGGGAAACAGACCAGGGAUAUAAAGGUCUGUCUGUAAGAAGUGUUUGCUGGAGAGGAGACCAUAUACUCGUUGGGACACAGGAUAGUGAAAUUUUUGAAAUUGUGGUGCAUGAGCGUAAUAAGCCUUUCCUGAUAAUGCAGGGGCACUGUGAAGGGGAGCUGUGGGCUUUGGCUGUCCAUCCUACAAAACCACUAGCAAUGACUGGAAGUGACGAUCGAUCAGUCAGAAUUUGGAGUUUAAUAGACCAUGCUCUGAUUGCCCGGUGCAACAUGGAGGAACCCAUUCGCUGUGCUGCAGUUAGUACUGAUGGAAUCCAUCUUGCUCUUGGAAUGAAAGAUGGCUCAUUCACUGUGCUUCGAGUCAGAGAUAUGACUGAGGUUGUUCAUAUCAAAGACAGGAAAGAAGCUAUUCAUGAACUCAAAUAUUCACCAGACGGGAACUUCCUAGCUGUUGGUUCCAAUGACAGCUCUGUGGAUAUAUAUGGUGUUGUUCAGCGGUACAAGAAAGUUGGAGAAUGUAUUGGAUCUUUAAGUUUCAUCACCCAUAUGGAUUGGUCUUCGGACAGUAAAUACUUACAGACCAAUGAUGGCAAUGGGAAGAGACUUUUUUAUAGAAUGCCAGGUGGAAAAGAAGUAACAAACAAGGAGGAAUUAAAAGGCAUUCAGUGGGCAUCAUGGACCUGUGUUUCUGGCCUUGAAGUUAAUGGAAUCUGGCCCAAAUAUUCAGAUAUAAAUGAUAUAAAUUCUGUGGAUGCAAAUUUUAUUGGGCAAGUUAUGGUUACAGCUGAUGAUUAUGGAAUAGUAAAGCUCUUUCGAUACCCAUGUCUAAGAAAAGGAGCAAAAUUUAAAAAAUAUCUUGGUCAUUCUGCUCAUGUAACAAAUGUCAGAUGGUCGCACGAUCACCAGUGGGUUGUGUCCAUUGGGGGAGCUGAUCAUUCUGUCUUUCAGUGGAAAUUUGUCCCUGACCGGAAGUUGAAGGAUGUUCUUCAUAUAGCACCCCAAGAGACUCUGGUUGAUUCUAAUAGUGAUGAAUCAGAUUCAGAUCAGUCUGAUGUUCCAGAGCUGGACUCUGAAAUUGAACAGGAGACACAGAUCACCUAUCGUCGACAGGUUUACAAAGAAGAUCUACCUCAACUUAAAGAGCAAUGCAAAGAAAAAAGAAAAAGUGCAGCUUCUAAGAGACGAGAGCGAGCUCCAGGGAACAGUAUAAGAUUACAUUUUGUUCAUGGUUACAGAGGUUACGACUGUCGAAGCAAUUUAUUUUACACUCAGACGGGUGAAAUUGUAUACCAUGUCGCAGCGGUGGGAGUGGUGUACAAUCGACAGCAGAACACACAGCGCUUUUAUCUAGGUCAUGAUGAUGACAUUCUUUGCCUUGCUAUUCAUCCCUUAAAGGACUAUGUGGCAACAGGCCAGGUUGGUCGUGAUUCUUCAAUACACAUUUGGGAUACAGAAACAAUAAAACCACUCUCAGUAUUAAAGGGCUAUCACCAGUACGGUGUUUGUGCUGUUGAUUUUUCAGCGGAUGGGAAACGAUUGGCUUCUGUUGGAAUAGAUGACAAUCACACUAUUGUACUGUGGGAUUGGAAGAAAGGAGAAAAGCUUUCAGCAGUAAGAGGAAGCAAAGAUAAGAUUUUUGUGGUUAAGAUUAAUCCUUAUAUGCCUGAUAAAUUGAUUACAGUUGGAAUUAAACACAUGAAAUUCUGGCGUAGAGCAGGAGGAGGACUAAUUGGGAGAAAGGGCUGCAUAGGUGCAUUGGGAAGAACCGAUACAAUGAUGUGUGCAGUAUAUGGCUGGACUGAAGAGAUGGCAUUCUCUGGAACUUCCACCGGGGAUGUGUGUAUUUGGAGAGAUGUGUUUCUCAUAAAAACUGUCAAAGCACAUGAUGGUCCUGUGUUCAGCAUGCACGCAUUGGAAAAAGGAUUUGUCACUGGGGGAAAGGAUGGGGUAGUAGCUCUCUGGGAUGAUACCUUUGAACGUUGUCUCAAAACCUAUGCCAUCAAAAGGGCUGCUUUGGCCCCUGGAUCUAAAGGUCUCCUUUUGGAAGAUAAUCCUUCUAUACGUGCCAUAUCUUUAGGACAUGGUCAUAUUUUAGUGGGCACAAAGAAUGGUGAAAUACUGGAGGUGGAUAAAAGUGGACCAAUAACUCUGCUGGUUCAGGGUCACAUGGAGGGGGAAGUUUGGGGUCUAGCUACUCAUCCUCAUUUACCUAUUUGUGCCACUGUAAGUGAUGACAAAACCUUAAGAAUAUGGGAUUUAUCUCCUAGCCAUUGUAUGUUAGCUGUUCGCAAAUUGAAGAAGGGAGGUAGAUGUUGCUGCUUUUCUCCUGAUGGAAAAGCAUUAGCUGUUGGUCUCAAUGAUGGAAGUUUUUUGAUAGUUAAUGCAGAUACCCUGGAGGAUCUCGUCUCUUUCCAGCACAGGAAAGAUGUUAUUUCAGAGAUCCGAUUUUCUCCUGGGGCUGGAAAGUACUUAGCUGUGGCAUCUUGUGACAACUUUGUAGAUAUUUACAACGUAAUGAGCAGUAAACGAGUAGGAAUCUGCAAGGGAGCCUCCAGCUAUAUCACACACAUGGACUGGGACAUAAGGGGGAAGCUUUUGCAAGUCAACACUGGUGCUAAAGAGCAGUUAUUUUUUGAAGCUCCUCGUGGGAAAAAACAGACAAUUCCUAGUUUAGAGGUAGAAAAGAUUGGCUGGGCAUCAUGGACAAGUGUUUUGGGCUCUUGCUGUGAAGGAAUCUGGCCAAUAAUUGGUGAAGUCACAGACGUAACUGCUUCAUGCCUCACUAGUGAUAGUAAAGUAUUAGCCACAGGAGAUGAUUUUGGAUUUGUGAAACUGUUUCGAUACCCUGCUAAAGGAAAGUUUGGAAAAUUUAAGAGGUAUGUCGCUCACAGUACCCAUGUAACAAAUGUCCGUUGGACCUAUGAUGACAGUUUGUUGGUCACUGUUGGAGGAGCAGACACCUCUUUAAUGCUGUGGACUUACGAGGUGGAAGGACACAGGGAUAGCAGGCAGUGUGACAGUGAAGAGUCUGAUCUAGAUUCUGAAGAAGAUGGAGGUUAUGACAGUGAUGUGACAAGGGAAAAUGAAAUUAAUUACACCAUCAAAGCCUUAUCAACUAACAUUAGACCAAUGUUUGGAAUUAAGCCUCAUCUGCAACAAAAGGAGCCAACCUUAGAUGAAAGGCAGGGGGUAGUGAGAGGUUCCAGACCACCAGUUAGUAGGGCGUUGCCACAGCCAGAGAAACUUCAGACAAAUAAUGUUGGGAAAAAAAAGAGACCUAUAGAGGACCUAAUUUUGGAGCUGGUAUUUGGGUACCGAGGCAAGGACUGCAGAAACAAUGUGCACUAUUUGAAUGAUGGUGCUGAUGUAAUAUAUCAUACUGCGUCUAUUGGGAUCUUGUAUAACGUGGCAACAGGCUCUCAGUCUUUUUACCAGGAACACAAUGAUGAUAUUUUGUGCCUCACUGUAAAUCAGCACCCCAAGUUUACCAACAUAGUGGCAACUGGCCAAGUAGGAGACUCAGCAGAUAUGUCAGCUACAGCUCCUUCUAUUCAUGUGUGGGAUGCAAUGAACAAACAGACACUGUCGGUACUCCGGUGCUACCAUUCCAAGGGUGUUUGCUCAGUCAGUUUCAGUGCCACUGGCAAACUGCUGCUCUCUGUAGGGCUGGAUCCUGAACAUACUAUUACCAUUUGGAAGUGGCAGGAAGGUGCCAAAAUUGCCAGCCGAGCUGGUCAUAACCAGCGUAUAUUUGUAGCAGAAUUCAGACCAGAUUCAGAUACUCAGUUUGUUUCUGUGGGAGUAAAACAUGUGAGGUUCUGGACACUAGCUGGAAGAGCUCUUCUCAGUAAAAAAGGGCUGCUGAGCUCCAUAGAAGAUGCCCGAAUGCAAACAAUGCUGUCUGUAGCUUUUGGAGCGAAUAACUUGACAUUUACAGGUACUAUCAGUGGAGAUGUUUGUGUUUGGAAGGAUCAUGUGUUGAUACGAAUUGUGGCCAAAGCUCACAAUGGACCUGUUUUCACAAUGUAUACCACAUUAAGAGAUGGUUUGAUCGUUACAGGAGGCAAAGAAAGGCCUUCAAAGGAAGGAGGAGCAGUUAAGCUAUGGGAUCAAGAGCUGAAACGAUGUCGUGCCUUUAGACUAGAGACAGGACAAAUGACGGACUGUGUUCGCUCUGUUUGUAGAGGCAAGGGGAAAAUUCUUGUUGGGACAAGAAACGCUGAAAUAAUUGAAGUUGGAGAGAAGAAUGCUGCAUGUAACAUUCUAAUUAAUGGUCAUAUGGAUGGACCAAUUUGGGGUCUAGCAACACAUCCUUCCAGAGAUUUUUUCCUUUCUGCUGCAGAAGAUGGCACAGUAAGACUCUGGGAUAUUGCUGAAAAGAAGAUGCUGAACAAAGUCAGCUUAGGACAUGCAGCUCGUACUGUUUGUUAUAGCCCAGAAGGCGAUAUGGUAGCUAUUGGCAUGAGAAACGGAGAGUUUAUUAUCUUGCUUGUGACUUCUCUAAAAAUUUGGGGGAAAAAAAGGGACAGAAGAUCAGCGAUUCAAGAUAUCAGGUUUAGCCCGGAUUCUCGUUACUUAGCAGUUGGUUCCAGUGAGAAUGCAGUGGACUUUUAUGAUCUGACUUUGGGUCCCACGCUAAAUCGAGUCAGCUAUUGCAAAGAUAUCCCAAGUUUUGUGAUCCAGAUGGACUUCUCUGCAGACAGCUCUUAUCUCCAGGUCUCAACCGGGUCUUACAAAAGGCAAGUCUAUGAAGUGCCUUCAGGAAAACAGCUUGUGGACCAGGCUGUGAUUGACAGAAUAACAUGGGCUACUUGGACAAGUGUGCUCGGGGAUGAAGUAAUUGGAAUCUGGUCCAGGCAUGCUGAAAAAGCUGAUGUAAACUGUGCCUGUGUCUCUCACUCGGGAAUCAAUCUUGUAACAGGAGAUGAUUUUGGCAUGGUCAAACUGUUUGACUUUCCAUGUCCUGAAAAAUUUGCAAAACACAAACGAUUUUUAGGUCACUCUGCCCACUUAACUAAUAUUCGAUUUACAAGUGGAGAUAGAUACGUGGUCAGUGCUGGAGGGGAUGACUGCAGCUUAUUUGUUUGGAAAUGUGUGCAUAUGCCUCAUUGAGAGAGACAUGGAGACUUGCAAAGAGGACACUGCAUGAAGUACCAGGCAUGAAAUACCCAGGAUUGCAAUGUGACAUCCUGCUGUGCCCUGCAUGCUUAAGAAAUGGUGCUGAUCCAAGACACAGAGCAAUCUGUCUCUGAAAGACAAGUAUCUAGAUUCGGUCAGAAGGAUAGACUACAACAAAUACACAGAGGCAGUUAGAUUUGCUUCGUUAUCGGAUAAUCCGGGUUUGUAUUUCAUUCACUGCCAGAUGUUGAAAAUUAAAUAUGUGGAGAAAAGGAAAAAGUGAAUUGUUAAUCAAUGUACAGUUUCACAGUAAGAUCCUGGGGUUUUGAUCAAGAGAUGUUAUUUCUGACCUAGUGCUGUACAUUGAUCUAUUUUCAGCAUGAAUGUUUCUCCUUUACAUUUUGGGGUCUGAAUAUCAUGGGGAGAAAAAAAAAGAAAAAAAAAAAAAAAGAGUAUUCCGUAUUUUAUUACUGAAAGAAACCAUAUAUUAACUCUUAAAUAUAUAGUAUUUUAAUAAAUUUAAUUAUUAUAGUAGAAAUUAUAUUUCUAUGAUUGGUCAAAAGGAAACAUCAUUUGGUGAACCAGAAAAUGAGAGCUGAUUCCUUAGAACUGAAAUAUUUCUGUAUUUAGAGGCCUGGGUCACAGUCAUGUCUGGUGAAAGCCGUUGGAUAUGCAUGAUCUUCAUGGCUAAUUUAGUGUUUUUGUUGCACUUAAACAUUAAAUUAGUUCUGUGAGCAAAAAUAGAUUUGCUCACUUUGCGAGUGCCUUGCCCCACAACCUAAAAGUCUAACUCCAAUUUUUGCCUUGUGAAUAGAAGUAUUCUUAGUGGAAGAGAGAUAAUUGCUGUGUUACUUGACUGGGCUGUUAGCCUCUAUGCUGGAAAUGUGGACUAGGGUGAGGGUUUUAUAGUCUUGUUAAUCGAUAAAGCUUGGGAUGUCACCAGUUGCAAAAAUAGAAUUUCAUAGCAAUAUGAAUUGAUUUUAUUUUCUCAGCAUCGUAGGGGGGAUUCAGAGAAAAUAUAAACUUUCCAGACAUUAUAUUUUGUACAUUUGAACUUUUUAACAGAGUUAAGACUAGCCGGGAGAGGUCUCUACUUGGAUUUCUCUCAUGAUUGUAAAAAAUGUCCAAUCAUAUGCUUCUUUAAAUGGACCUGCUGUCACCUCUGGCGUAAGUGCAUUUAUUCUAUCUUGCAACAUAACUAAGACUCAAAGUUGAAAAAACAUUUCAGUGAUAAUGAAAACCUGAACAAAGCUGUAUUUUGGGUACAAGUGAGGAAGAUUUCAUCAGCUGUUUGUCUAAGUCAUGUCGUAGAGAUGCAUUACAGACUGAACCUGUUUUUUAAUCGGUGCAGUUAAUUUUCGUGCAGCAUAGAAGGGAAGCCGAAGUCACAAAUUAUCGGCACUACUCUCAUAAGGACAUUCUGCUGUGAACAUAAAGCUCUUUUUCUCUGUGUAAGCCAGCAUCACUUUAACAGUGGCAUUUGUUUAGGUCAGUCAGUAGGCUUUGAUAUGACUCACCUCUCAUGUUCUCUUGUAUCACUUAAGGAGGGAUGGGAGGGCCUGUGUAUAGAAGGGGGAGAAAAGUUCAUGGAAGCCAGACUUCCAUGCUCUCCUAGGUCCAAAAAUCCUUGUUAUGUGCUAUACAAAGCUAGUUAUCCAACAGUCUUAGAUAAUAUAUUUUAUACAUCAAGCUAUAACAAAUAUUUAUUUUAAAUAAGUUGAAGAACUAAACGAUUGUCAGGUUUCUCAGCGUGGUGGUUCUUAGCAAAGCCUUGCCAGUCAUGCAGCUGUUAUUCCACAGGAGCAAAAACUCUGUGCAUUCGGUCACGAGUGUACAGGCAGAUCUUGCUGGUAAUGUUUUUUGACUUUAGGGGAGCAGCAUAUGAGAACUGAGAUUAGACCUGAUCCGUCUCAUAACUUUGUUGCCUGCCUGUUUCAUAUGAAAAUGAGUAUCUGGCAUUUAAAUCUUAUCUAUGCCAGAGAAAUUAGCUGCAGUAUGCUACGCUAUAGCUGUGAUUCUAUCCCUAUUAAACACAUCUGUGCAGGACUUCUUGACUUGGAAGGAAGAUUUGUCCUGCCUCUAUUUUUAAGUUGCCUUUCAUCUGUUCAAGUCGGAUGGCUGUUAAGAGCUCCCUCAUAGCGUGUUGUACUCGGACUGCCAGAUAAAAGUACAGAUUUUUCUGCCUCUGAGUUUUCCCCUCAAAAUCCUAGGCUCAGUGUCUCGCAGCCUCCUGAUCUUCUGUAGGACUUCCCCCAAUGAAGGAGGUAUGUGGGCUAUGAAGAGGUUUGUUCCUCGGAUCCCCAUCACUGGUCAUGUCCUCUUCUCCUCCCUCUCCCUACCCCCUUAAUUAAUGGUGUGCCUCUCCACUGAUAAUUUGUCCGUGGUGCUUUUGCCCUGAGGAAUCUCAAACGCCACACCAGCGGUGAAGUACCAGAGGAGCUGCUGGGCAGGUUGCAGCGGGGCUGCCCUCGGCGGGGCAAGGCUGAUAGCUGCAGUGCGCAAGUCUGAGCCUCCGGAUCUCCCUGCUUCUUCGCUCUCUUCCAAACCUCACCGCUGCCAUUAAGGGCUGGGAUGGGAGCUGGAAGCUGAGGAGCUCUUUAAAAACAAAACUACCAGCCUUGUUCCUUCUCCUGCAGCCAGUACUGGUAGCUAGUAUUUUCCCUGGCAAACUGCUCAGUGGUUUGCCCGGUAAAAUGGGGUCAGCCAGCUGGGAAAGGUCAUGAACAUUGAAGACAGGAGUGAGUAGUCUCAGUUGCAGGUUUUAUCAUGAGUACAAUUUUUGUAGGACAAGCUGCAAUUCUCUGCUGAAAAGAACAGCUGGCUGUAGGCAUGGUUAAAGAUGACAACUUCGUGGGGUUUUUGGUCUUUUUGCCUGUGAUGGUGCUUGUUACUGUGCCUCAUUCGCUGUUUACAUUAAAUACUACUGUAGUAACUUGCUAAUUGUUGCCACCUGUGCUUGAGGCACGGGAACAGACUGCCUGUUUAGGUAGGCAGUGGGAGCUCGUGGCUGGUUGCUCAGCAGAAAAGCCAGAAGAUGACACAACCCCAUAGGAUAGGUCAGGGAAGAAGUUGGAAUGUGGAGGAACUAGUGACAGCCUUUUGUUUGGAAGCAUCAGAGAGAAGAAAUGCGGGCAGGAGGGCUCUGUCUGAAGCUGGAGGAAGCACCAGAGAAGCGGAGGCAAAAGCUCUUUGUAUAAUUUAAUCACUCAUAGUGAUGAUUUUGAUUUUGCUCUUCAGCUUAAUUGUCUAACUCUUCUUCUGGCUGGCAGCAAAUGUGCAUCUUUGGGAUCUUUAGAGUCAGCAAUACGUUCUAUAAUAUAAGAAAUAAACUGGAGAACUGAUUUGAUAAAAGCAAAAUGACAUUUCACUUAAAUAAAUGUCCCUUGAAAGCUAUUUAAAUGUGCUUAGAAAAAAAAAGGAGAGAAGGAAAGUCCAGCUCCUAGGAGCAAACAAAAAUUAAA